AUGAAAAAGGCAUGGAAGGCCGAACAGGAAAAACAGGAAGAAAGGCUUGAGCGGAAGAUGACCGCAAUGUUGGAACGAUCUAUGAGGACUACGCUCACUGGCACAGGUCUAAGCUAUGAUGAUUUGUGCAUGCAUCCCAAUUUGGAUUUACCCGAAGGCUUCAAAGUACCCCGUUUCGAAUUGUUUAACGGGACGGGCAAUCCUAAAGCGCACCUGCGGGCCUACUGCGACCAAUUGGUCGGUGUCCGAGACAAUCAAGCGCUCAUCAUGAGGUUGUUCAGUCGGAGUUUGAUAGGAGAAGCCUCAGAAUGGUUCACGGCGCAAGAUAUACGCCGUUGGGUCACAUGGGAAGACAUGGCUGCUGCUUUCAUGGAAAGAUUCCGCUUUAAUAUGGAGACGGUGCCAGAUAGAUAUUAUUUGGAGAAAGUAAAACAGAAGUCCACCGAGAACUUCCGCGAAUAUGCAAGCAGGUGGAGAACAGAGGCUGCCCGAGUACAACCUCCUAUGGGCGAAGAAGAACUUGUGUCGGUUUUUAUCCGUUCACAAGAAACAGACUUCUAUGAUAGAAUGCUUUCAAUGGCGGGGAGACCUUUCUCUGAAUUGGUCAAAAUGGGCGAGGCCAUAGAAGACGGUCUCAAAACCGGCCGAAUCAUAAGCAUGACUGGAAAACCCGUUGGUUCAGGCUCUACCGGGUUCGCACGCAAGAAGAAAGAAGACGUGGCUAGCAUAUCCCACACCCCUAAACCCAAAAGAAGGGAAGAUUUCCCGAUGGAAGCAUAUGCUUCACCUCCUCCAAAUACCUACGUACCCACCCCUUACAACACGGUGCCCAUAUAUUACGCGCAACCAACUUUCCAAUCACUACCCCAAAACUACCAAGCUCCACCAAAUGCCUUCCAAUCACCUCCCCCAAAUUACCAAGCUCCACAGCCAAAUUAUCAAACUCCCCACCUAUUUACGUAA